AUAUCACAGUGUUAGUACAUGGCAUGGGUCGAGAGAGACGAAGGAAAGUAAACAACGUACGCUUCAUUUGCUUACUAUCUGGGCCGCUAUUGUGGUGCUCCAUGGGCAUCUCUGGCAACGAGGGCAUAUGACUUGCACGCAUGGUUCAUAGGUUGUUGGGUCAAGUGGAUGAGUGGUGAUGGAAGAGAUGUUUCUACCCGCCCUGGUUAACCGCUGCGAUGUGUGUUUCCUUCAAUUGGUUUUGGGUAUCUGUGUCUUUUUUUUCCUGGUUGGUCCCAGUUUCAUCUUCCACGGUUGUGUUUUUUCCCUGCUUGUUUGGCCAAAUUCUGAACGCGUUUUGCUUUGUUUUGAUUUUCAGCGUCGUUGUUGUGGUUUCCCUCGCGAUAUGUGCAUCGAGUUUUUAAUGAAGAAGCGCCCAAAAGAGCAAACCGGGGACGAAAAGUUUGACCGCGACACGCCGUUGGCGUUACAUGUGCAUACAAAGCGCAAAAACACGCCAAACCGCGUUCUUUCUCUUUGCCGCCGGCGGCAGUCUCUCGUUGUGGUGUCGUUUGGAGGAGUUGGUAAACACCAGCGGCAAGUGUGGGUAAACCCUUCCUAUUGGCUUGUUGAUCUUAAGUCCUUUCUCGUCAAUAUGGGGGAGGCGGGUCAGAAUGGUUGAUUACACUGAUGUGGAUGGACUAUGAGGGACAGAAGGAUGGUGGGGAGGAGGGGUUGUAAGACACAAGCGGCGGAUGGAGAGCGCGGUGUCUCUGUACUAUGUAUUAAAAGCAUGUCACCAUUUAUAUA